AUGUAGAUGUUCAGUUGAUUUAAAAAAAUUGCGGUAAACGCUUUAAAAUAAUUACAAAAAUUAACAGAAAUGUGAGUUUGUGAAAUUAUUUUUCACCAUUUACCUUCAAAAUUCACAUCCGGCUUACAAUAAUGGCCCAAACCACAGAAGAUUCGAGCGACGACUCGUUCUACCGAAAAUCAAAUGCCAGUUCAGUUAAUUCAAUUUUCUCCGAUUGUGUGACAAAACCGAAAUUCAAAUUUCCACCGCCGCCACGAUUAUCCAGAAGUGACACAAAUUCAUAUACCUCAGAUAGUUCAAACAGUGAUUAUGUCCAUGGCACAAAGAAAAGGGGCAGGAACAUUGCCAAGAGACUGCCCCCAUUAGGUAUAUUCUGGGAUAUAGAAAACUGCCAAGUACCCAGGGGCAAAAGUGCAUCUGAUGUUGUACAAAAAAUCAGGGAAAUCUUUCUCAAUAAUUAUAGAGAGAGUGAAUUUCUGGUUGUCUGUGAUGUUAAGAAGGAAAAUCCACAAAUCAUACAUGAACUACAUGACUCUCAGGUGAAUCUAAUCCAUGUUUCCGCAACUUCGAAGAACGCAGCCGAUGAAAAGCUGCGCCAAUCGCUGCGGCGCUUCGCGGAACUCCAUCCUACACCGUCAGGCGUCCUCCUGAUAUCCAGCGACGUGAACUAUGCUGCCGAUCUGGCCGACUUACGUUAUAGGAAAAGGGUGCGUGUGAUCCUAUUGCACGGUUCUAACGUCGCCGAUGCCCUGGUCUUAUGCGCCAACGAGCGUCAUUCUUUCCAACAGCUCACCGAAGAUUUGCCCGAUGCCAGAUUGAAGCCUCCGAAGAUGCCGAUGCAGUUUCAAGUCAGCAAUUUACCGGUAGGAUGCGGUUUGAGACGUUUGAGAAACAGAUUAAAAUUUUUGACGGACAAUUGCGGAGGCAGGGUUGUACAUAUUGACGAAGGGGCCGGCAUCGCGACACUCAGGUUUCCGAAUUUUGAUAUGGCCAGGCGGGCACAAAGGCGAAUCCAGGGCGAGGAUGUGUUUGGGAACAAAAUUAAGGUUAUCACGCCUAGUGUGAGGAAUUAUACGGGACGUAAAAUAAAAAAUGGAAGUUCCUCGUUCUCCACGAACUAUCCAAUGGCACCGCCCGGAUUUACCACUCAGGAAUACGCUAACAAUUUCUCAUUUAAUCAUUCGAAUUCCAGAGAUUCAAGAAAACAGCAGGAUAUGAGCUGUGUGUCGGAUGGCAGUUACACGUUCCGUCCGAUCCGCGGCAUGGGAGCGGCCUCGUCGUCGUCAUCGUCGGGCGGCGGCGUCACCGGCAACGUCACGCCGAUGGACGUCAGCUACGAUCUUUCUUCGGGAGGCGCGUGGGGCGGCGCGAAGAGGCGUGGUGGCGCGGCCGGCGAUCACCGCCACCUGAAGGGGGCGGGAGCGCAGGAUAUGCCAUCAAGUCGCGUGCACAGAGUCAGCGGUAGCUCGGAUUUUAGCGAUGAUGGAAAAAUCUAUCAUCAUGGAACAGAUGGUGCUAAGACAAACUCCAGUAUUAAUCAGCCAGUAGACUUAAUAAUAUCUAGUUUAGAUCCCUCAAUAGAAACUAAGGAACUUAAAAGACUGCUAACUAAUAUGCUAAAGGAGUAUUGUAUGAUAUUAAGUUUAACAAUCUCAGCUCAAGCGGAUGGAAGUCCAAUCGCUAAUAUCAGGGUGAACAGUCAACAGGAGGCCCAGUUUACAAUCUCACAACUCCACAGGCAAAAGCUGGGCCAUAAAAGGAUAAUUAUAUCGUACGCACAAAACAAUUCUCCCGAUCCCGAGGAGCUGCGUGCAAUGGUAUUCGGUCUGCUUCAGGAGGUGCCAGACCAACGCAUGCCGCUUUUCAAGUUCAUCGAACUUCUUGAAUCACGUUAUCAUUGCACUGUUUCGGUGUCCGAAGUGAACAAACUCAAAGACAUUUGCAAGAUCACUGAUGAUUUGGGCUCUAGGAUUAUAUCACUGACCAACGAAGUUAAAGCGUCGCCACCACCAAACCUUAACAGGACUUUAUUACCGUACUGCACAAUUCAUUGUCCUAACGGCCUACAAAGCAGAGGUUGGUGCGAAUUAAGCACUGUACAAACACCAAAUAUAAUGAUGUCUUUGAAAUUGUUUGGAUCCAAACUGCAGUGCCUGCUUGACUUGCACUUAGGUUCAAUGCCACUUUUGAGUUUCCAGUAUUGUUACGAACAGGAGUUUCACGAACCACUACCCGUUGAUGACAACGGUGUGGCUUUGGAGCACUUAAUUUCAUGCAUACCGGAUGCCGAUAUUACAACUGUGGGUCCAAAUAAAAACAUAAAAAUAAUCAAACAAGAACUGAAAGCUGUAGAAAACGACGAAGAAGCAGUCCUGAACACUGUGGCCCCGUCGUUGGCGCCUAACAUAAGUUUACUUUGCAGGGAGCUCGUCGACCUGCUAAAGACGACCGAUCGCUGUCAAUUAUUACUGAGUAAAUUUAUACCCGCUUACCACCAUCACUUCGGUCGACAGUGCAGAGUGGCCGACUACGGCUACACCAAACUCCUUGAUCUCUUCGAAUCCAUCUCCCACGUUGUUCAAAUUAUGGGCGACGGCACCAGACGGGUGAUCACCCUCUCGCAUCAGGCCCAAGUGCGUCGCUUUACCUCCGAUUUGCUGCGUGUGCUCAAAGUUCAACCAGCCAAGCAAAUUGCCGUCAUCGAUUUUCCGGCCGCCUACGAAAAAGUUAUGGGUCGCACGUUCAAUCCGGUCGAGUACGGUCUUUGCACGUUCGAGGAUCUGCUGGGUUCGGUGCCCGAGAAUACUGUGGUGGUCGGUCGAUCAGAAACUGCGACCGCCGCAUGCGCACUGUACAUCUCCGUGCCGAAAAGGGAACAAACCACCGAGGAGGUCGCGAGGACCAAACAGUUUGCAGCCGAGGUUGUAGAUCUUUUAAGGCACGCACCCUACUAUACAAUGCUAUUUAAUAAGUUCGUGCCCGCUUAUCAUCACCAUUUCGGACACCAAUGUAAAGUUUCUGAUUAUGGCUUCACAAAAUUAAUUGAACUAUUUGAAGCUAUUCCAGACGUAGUCAAGAUCGCUGAGUUGUCUGACGGAGAACGCACAGUGAGCCUGACCCUGAACCAAUCUCUGAAGAUCCUGGGUUCGCAACUCGUACAGUUAAUCCGCAGCACCAAAUCGAACACAAUCCAAUUAGAAAAUCUCGGUACGAUUUACCUGCGUGAGUACGGCUACCCGCUCAAGCCGCAGACUUACGAAUGCGAAACAGAAGCUGAUAUUAUCGAGAGACUGCCCGAUCAUGUUCAGGUCAUACGCAGCAGUGCUGGGACGUUGCUGACGGCCAUCGAGCUGGACACGAUGCCCAUGUUGAAGGUGCGCAGUUGGGCGUUGUUGCUCACGCCGCCCCACUUUAAAGACAUGUCCACCUUUAAGUACGAGUAUCAGUCUCGGUACAACAGCAGCUUCUCGAUGAACAAUUUACAGCAACUGGGGAAUGUAGUAUCGUUAUCAACUAACAAUGAUACCAACUACAUCGCCCUGACGACACUGUAUGUGCUCGCCGCGCAGCUCUAUCACGUGCUAUUUUCGAACGGGGGCAGCGUGCCAUUCGUUCAGCUGGAGCGGCUCUACCACGAGACUUACGGCAAACCGUUGAAAUUAGCGAAUCACGGCAUUGGUACACUGGACGAGUUCUAUAACCACUUCAGCUCCAUGUUUUUCGUGCGGGGCAGCAAGAAAAAAAGUAUUGUGGUCCUCAACAGAAAUCUAGCCGAACACCUGGUGCCGCUUCCCGCUUCGAUGUACAAUUCUAGUCAUUUUACAAAGAGAGAAAACGUGCAAUGGCCUCCGCCACCAUCCCACGAACUGGUACAGAACACGGUUAAAAAAGCUUCACCACCUAAGCCUGACACACCUCCAACUCCCGGUACCGCACCUUGGAAUCACUGGACAAAUCCAUCGACUUUUGACAAUAGUUUGAAUUUAUCUAUACAGAUGCCGAUUGUCCAUAAUCCAAAGCUGCUCGGUAAUCCGGAUACUCUUAUUUCACCUGCCCGUCACCUGUUGCCGGCCAAUAGGAAUCCGUGGGCGAACGUGCCCUCCAUCGCUGCUCCGCAUCCCACCGAGCUGCCCAUGCCCGAUAAACUAAUGGCUAAAGGUGGUAUCUCGGAUGAUUCAGCAGAUUCUGGUUGCAACACCAAAUUAGAAAAUUCCCCGUCAGAUAACGAAAUAGAAUCUUCAAGUGAAAGAUACAUAGGCGAUAAACCACAUUUUGCAACUUUCUUGAACUUCAACAAUUAGACCAAAAAUGUUUAAAAAUAUGCUAUAUCUGUUUAAAGAGUACUAGCAUAUCUGUUUUACAUUUUAUUGAACUUAUAUUUUUAUAGAGUAUUAUAAGAAAUUAUUUUAUUUCCCUUGAAUUCUGCUAGUUUUUUAAAUGUUAAUCAAGUUUUGCCAUUAGAAAGUGAGACUAUAAAAUAGUAACAUUCCUGUUAAUUGAAGAAAACCCUCUGUGAUUGUUUUUCUAGUAGGUUUAAGUCGAUGUUUAUUGUUAAAAAGUUGGUAACAUUGUCUCACAUACCAAUGGUAUUCUCUAUACAUAUAUUUUAUAUAAAAAUAUUUUCUUAUCAAACCUCUUUCAGUUUGAUAAUGAUACCAACUUUCCCUUUUAUGUUUGUAAAAUGUAUGUUAUAUUUUUAUAUCUUUCUGUGAAUUUUGUUUAGGUUGUUUUUUGUCAAAACAAGGAAAUUUUGCAACUGAUAAUCAGUUGAUUUAAGUUGCUCAAUUAAUGUGUAAUCGUAAGUUACCUUUUACAAUCAUUGAAUGUAAUUAUUUUUAUAAUAUCUGUGACUAUAUUUUGUAAGUAUAGAAUUUAAGAAAUAAUGUUUUAUCUGUACUUAAAUAGGUUUUAAAAUUCCCAAAAAUUGUAAUACAUUAUGAGAUUGUUAAUUAAAUAAAUGAAUUUGUACUUUUUCAA